AUGUCUUUCCCCGAAGGCCUCACUACCAGAUACCCAGCUCUCCUCCCAUUUGCCGACCUCUAUGAUGUUGAGUCCCACGAUGGUCGCGAGAUAACGCUCCUAAAAUACAUCUAUGCCCAUCCAGACCUGGACAAAUUCCGCAACUCGCCAUCUGGGAUCUGUCGUGUCAUGGACGAAUUCGCUGCCAAGCAAGAUUUUCUCAUCAACAUCGGCAGUGACAAGGGUGAGAAAGUGCGCCAGAUGAUUGAGCAGGAGAAACCUACGGUCUUGGUUGAAUUCGGAGGGUACGUUGGCUACUCUGCCAUCUUCUUUGCGGAUGCUAUGCGUCGAGCGGCGGCGAGUGCGGACGGACUUAGACUUUGGAGUCUUGAAUUCGAUCCUCUCAUUGCGUCUAUUGCUAUGAAUUUGAUUGAUUUGGCCGGGUUGAGUGAUAUUGUGAAGGUUGUGGUGGGGCCUGCGGCGGAUUCGCUGGAGCGGUUGAAGAAGGAGGGAAAGGUGACCGACGUUGAUUUUGUGUUCUUGGAUCACUGUGAGGAGCUGUAUGUUCAGGAUUUCAAGGUCUGUGAGGAUUUAAAGUUGCUGAAAAGUGGAAGUUUGGUCGUUGCGGAUAAUGUGAUGAGACCUGGGGCCCCGGCGUAUCGGGAGUAUGUUCGCCAGAAUGAGAAGUUUGAGAGUUGGGGUGUUCCGGGGCUGAUCAUGCCCGGUUCAUUUGAGGAUGAGCUUGAGGUCACCAGAAUCAAAUAG